AUGAAGUCCUUCACUCUCCCCGUCCUCCUUGGCUUAAGCAGCCUCGCCAACCUCGCAACAGCCCGCACAGACCUGGAAGGCUGCGUAUCCUCGGAAAUAGUAGUCGACUACUACGCCAGUUACCUCUGGUACGUCCCGGACACUGGCGAGAUCUGCUCGUUCCUCGACUGCGGCGGCGGCCGCGCACCCCCCAAGACCGAUAAGCCCGGUUGUGGAGGAUACAAGGGCACUGCUACAGUCACUCCUGACUAUAUCGAGGGCUGGGGUCCCAAUGGAAAGCAGGCUGCUUCUACGACUACCAUUGCGGCGACAACUUCUGCUACUGUGGCUGCGGUGACAACUUCUACUGCUUCUCAGGCUGAGGUGUCCGACUCCUCUUCCGGUUCUACGACUGCUUCUGCUUCUGGUUCGCAGACUCCUAGCAUUACUGCUGCGCCGUCUAGCUCGAGUGCUGCUUCGAUGACUACUACUGCUUCGCCUAGCUCGGCUGCUAACUCUACUUCUGCGGCGGCUAGUAGCACCCCUACGGAUAAUGCUGCUGCUAUGCCUGCGUCCAAUGUGCUUGGAGUUGUGGCUCUUAUGGGUGCCAUGGUUGGAGCUAUGGCUCUGUAA